GUUCAUAGGCAGACUAAGUCCUACUAGAAUGUUCACAGAGAAAGGCUAAUGGGAAAUAGUUAGGGACAUUCCGAAGGCUAUUAAAAUAGUACGGACAGGGGGAAAAUGAAAAUAGUUCUAGUUUCACUCUUAUUGAUUUCUCCAGUUAUUUCAGUAAGAACAGAUGGAGAUGACUCCAUACCUCCAGAGCCCAAGUCAAGGUUUGCUAUGUUAGAUGAUGUGCAAUUACUAGCCAAUGGACUACUUCAUCUCGGGCAUGGCCUUAAAGACUUUGCUAUCAAGACCAAGGGCCAGAUGGAUGACAUCUUCCAGAAGCUUAACAUUUUUGAUCGAUCUUUCUAUGAAAUCUCUCAGCAAACCAAUGAAAUCAAGGAAGAAGAGGAACAGCUUAAAAAAAUAACUUCGAAAUUACAAGCUAAUAACGAAGAGAUAAGGAAUGCCUCCCUGGAACUUAAUUCCAAAAUAGAAGUCCUUUCACAGGAGAAGAUUCAACUUCAAGACCAAGUAGGGAGGCUGGAAGAAAAAUUAAUUAAACUGUUUCAGAUGCAGCUUGAAGUUCAGCAGCCUGAAGAACUUGUAUCCCUUAAACGAAGCAGCCCUGGUUUUCAAGAUGAUAAACAGAUAUUGUUCCCCUCAAAGGAAGAUGAAACAAGGAAUAUCAAACUUAACAGAACAUCUAAACUUCAGGAUCAUACAGGCAAUGCUACUGAUUGCACCUGGAUUUACAACAGAGGUGAAAGAUCUAGCGGCAUUUAUUCAAUAAAGCCAAAGGGAUCCAAGCCAUUUAACGUCUAUUGUGAAAUGAAAAGAGAUAGCUCAUGGACUGUUAUUCAAAACAGAUCUGAUGGAUCCCUGGAUUUCAAUCAAACCUGGGAGAACUAUUUAAAUGGGUUUGGUAACCUUGGUGGAGAAUUUUGGUUGGGCCUACAUAAGAUCUACUCCAUUGUAGACCAAGCUGACUAUCUCUUACGUAUUGAACUAGAAGACUGGAAAGCUAACAAGCGUUACAUUGAGUACACAAUCACAAUAGGAGGGCCAGAAACAGACUACACAAUUCUCCUCUUCCGGAUUACUGGGAAUAUCCCCAAUGCCUUGCCCGAACAGAAAGAGAUAAAGUUCUCUACAAAGGAUCACAGAAACAACACGGAAAGAAAACUCAGCUGUCCAGAAAGUGACUCAGGUGGUUGGUGGUACAGUGCAUGUGGAGAAACAAACUUAAAUGGGAAAUAUAUCAGGACAAGUUCAAAAGGUAAACUACAAAAGAGGAGGAAAGGACUGUACUGGAAACCUCAGAAUGGAAGACCGUAUCUUCUCAAAUCAACUAAAUUGAUGAUACACCCAACUGAUUUUGAAAAUUUUGAAUGAGCGUCUUGAAUCAGACUUUAUACAAUAAAGUAAUGUUGUACUUCAGUUAGCCAGCUAAAAGCUCUUUUCAAUACUCAAACGGCAUCAGAGCAAAGAAUUCCACCGCAAGUAAAUGGUGGCAUUGUAUGAUA